AUGAGCUGUGCGCAGCUGCUCCGGAGUGUCCUCUGCGCUCUCAUCUCUCUGCACUGUGCUGCUGCUCUGCCUGCCUCAGGCUGCGAGGGAGACAAAUGCAACAGAGAGCAGGACUCUUCUUCUUCUGUGGUGAAAUCCCAGCAACAUUCCCAGGACUUCCUGGGUCGGUUUACCCAGGUGAGCUCACCAAACAGCGGGGACCGUAAACACCGCGACGCCAGUGCCGUCCUGCCCUUCGUCGGCCUCACAGGCAGUGCUGAGCAGAGUCGUAGCUGCUGUAAAAACGGAGGAACGUGCAUCCUGGGCAGCUUCUGCGCUUGUCCUCCGUUCUUCACUGGAAGGAGCUGCGAGUACGACCAGCGCAUCAGGAGCUGUGGUUUGAUCCCUCAUGGCGAGUGGGUUCAGAAAGGAUGCUCCUACUGUCGCUGUGGUUACGGCGUCCUGCACUGCUUCCCCCACGUCUUCCAUAAAGACUGCGAUGACUCAGAGGAGGUGCGUUGGUAUCGCUCAUCAGCUGUCAGGACAGUUCAGAGCAGUGUCUUCCUGUAUGUGACGCUGCUUCUUCCUCUGCUUCUCUUCCUCUGA